AUGAAUACAGCGCCUAGCAAUUUCUUUACCAUGGGCCCCUAUAGGGCACGGAAGGACAGCAAGAGGGUCUCGUUAAGUGCGAGGUAUGAAGUCUUGGGAUAUAUUGCAGCUGGUACGUAUGGUAAAGUCUACAAGGCCGUUGGGAAGACGGGGGAGAACAAGGGACAUGUUUUUGCCAUCAAGAAGUUCAAGAGUGAUACCAAGGACAGCAGUGGGAUUGGGGAGUAUACUGGUCUAUCGCAAAGUGCCGUUCGGGAAAUCUCGUUGUGUAGGGAGGUAUCACACGAGAACAUCACACGGUUGGCGGAAGUUAUCCUUGAGGGGAGGAGUGUCUGUCUUGUAUUUGAUUUUGCCGAACAUGAUUUGCUACAAAUCAUCCACUGCCACGCACAUGCACAAUCACCAUUGAGUGUUUUGACACUCAAGAGUACAAUGUACCAGAUAUUAAAAGGAGUUGCCUAUUUACAUGGCCAAUGGAUUGUUCAUCGAGAUUUAAAACCUGCAAAUAUUAUGGUUACCCGGGACGGGAUUGUCAAGAUUGGCGAUUUAGGGUUGGCCAGGAGUUUCAGAACCCCUGUGAAUCCUCUCUACAAUGGGGACAAGGUUGUAGUUACCAUCUGGUACAGGGCGCCCGAGUUGCUAUUAGGUGCUAGGCAUUAUACACCUGCAGUUGAUAUUUGGAGUGUCGGGUGUAUAUUUGGCGAGUUGUUGAGUUUGAGACCUUUAUUCAAGGGCGAAGAGGCCAAAAUGGACAACACCAAGAAACACAACCAACCUCCAUUCCAGGAGAAUCAAUUACUCAAAAUCUUGCAGAUUCUAGGCACACCAACAUUGAAGGAUUGGCCAACAUUGGCCGACUAUCCUGAAUACCCGCAUUUGCAAAGGUUUACAACGUUCCCUCAAAAUCUCCACACAUGGUAUGCCACGCAUAACAGUGGCAAUUCCAACGAAUGUCUUCACUUAUUGGAGGGACUAUUGGUGUAUGAUCCUGGAGAGCGGUUUAGCGCCAUCGAUGCCUUAAAACAUCAGUGGUUUCAACAUGAGCCUAAACCUACAAAGAAUAUCCUAUUACAUUCACGUAUACAGUAUCCAAGGAGAAAGAUACAUAGAGGAGGGGCGUCCGAUCUCAAUGGGUAG